AUGCCAUGGGGAUGGGAAAAGUUUCUCAGGGUCCAAUGGUCCAAUGUUGGUCGAUUGAGAAACUUUUCACGUGUAGCCAUUUCUUUGGGCAGCAAAAGUGCAGAUGGGAGUCUACUCAACAGCCCAAUGAGAUUCGUUAGCGAAAGUUAA